AUGAAGGACGCAACACUCAUCAUCGGCUUUGUCGCCGCCCUGGUUGCUGUUUUUAUUAUAGACAAGAUCAUUCAAGCGAGAAAGAAUGCCCAAAGCUUGCCUUUGCCACCCGGCCCCCGAGGCUAUCCCAUCAUCCAAAAUAUGUUCGACCUUCCCAAAAAGGACACAUUUGCAGCCCCUCAAUAUGCAAAGUUCAAGGAUAAAUAUGGUCCCAUCACCGCCCUUAGGGUCAUUGGAAAACCGUUUAUCGUGAUCAAUGAUCCUCAGGUUGCCCUGGAUAUCUUGGAGAAGAAGUCCGCCGAGUUCUCAUCGAGACCAAGCUUGACAUUUAUUGGUGAAUUGGUUGGUUGGGACAAAGCGACGGGCGGCAUACCUUACAACGACAUCUUCCGCCUCCAUCGCAAAGUCUUUGCUCGCAUAAUCGGAACUAAAACAACAGCGGCGCAAUUUGAUGACCUUCAGGAAGCCGAGGUCGGUCACUUCCUGCUGCACGUUCUUGACAAACCGGGAAAUCUGAAAGAACACAUCCACAAGGAGGCUGGCACUGUGGCGCUGAAAAUUGCCUAUGGCUAUAAUGCCGACCAGUUCAAGAAGGACCCCCUCCUCAGCAAGAUGAAUAAGGUGAUGGACGACUUCGCACGGCAGGCCAAGCAAUACCGGGCCGAGUUUCACGAUGCAGUUGAGAGACCUUACAAGUUCGUUGAAACUCAAAUUGCCGAAGGCAGAGAAAACGUCUCGUACCUCGCCAAGGCAAUGGCUACCAGCGAGGACACCCCAGAGGACGUACACAACAACAUGUGGACCGCGGGAUCGAUUUUCAGUGGCGCCGCUGACACAUCCGUGGCAUCGGUAAAUGCGUUUUUCCUCGCCAUGGCCAAGUUUCCCGAGGCACAAAAGAAGGCGCAGGAAGAAAUCGACCGAGUAAUUGGAAGUGGACGCUUGCCUACUGUCAGCGAUCGUGACAACUUGCCAUACCUUGAAGCACUUAUUAAGGAAGUUCUACGCUGGCAUACAAUUGCCCCGAUGGGCCUCCUUCACAUGAGCUCUGAGGAGGCUACCUACUCCGGCUACAGAUUUCCUAAGGGUUCCCUCGUACUCUGCAAUAUCUGGUGGUUCAUGCACAACCCAGAACUCUACAAGAACCCCUCCGAGUUUCGACCCGAAAGGUUCCUGGGAGCCCAACCAGAGACUGAUCCGCGUAGAUACGUGUUUGGGUUCGGUCGCCGCAUCUGCCCUGGCAAGAUUCUUGCCGAUAACUCGCUCUACCUCAACUUUGCCCAGUCGCUGGCCGUGUUCGACAUUGGCAAACCGGUUGCCAACGGUAAAGAGUACGAACCGGAUUUUAAGCCGUUGCCAGGAGCAAUUAGCCACGUAGCCCCAUACGAAGCGACGAUUAAGCCUAGAUCGCCCCGACAUGAACAAUUGAUCCGGUCCAUCGAGCAGAGGUUUCCUUGGCAGGAGUCGGACGCGAAGGGAUUGGAGGCAGUGUAG